AUGGCCGCAUCUGCUACAGAGAUCGAAGACUUCUUAAGCGGACCUCUUGUUUCGUGGCUUAAAUCAUGUCUGCCCGAUGCAGCAAGUAUCAAGGAGUACUCAUCUCUAUUCGAUGGAGAUAUCCUUCACCAUAUCUACCUCCAGAUUGAUCCUGAACCUUCUUUUCACAUUACCAAACUGACCGGGCUUGAAGAUCAAGCCCUAUUAUUAGGUAGGGUGAAAAAUUUUGAUGCUAUAGUAAAAAAUGUGAAAGCAUUAUAUGAUGAGGAAUUAGGGAUGACACUUUUAGUGGUCCCAGAAUGUAUAUGCUUAGGAAAAGCACCAGAUUCCAGAGAUGGUUUGGAAAAUAUGAAACUUUUAAGCCUUUUAUUACUUGGAGCCGCAGUGCAGUGCCCUAAUAAAGAGAUUUUCAUCACUAGAAUUAAGGAACUUGAUGUUGACUUGCAACAUAAUAUUGUGGAAUGUAUAAAACAGGUAACAGACAUGCAAACAGUAGUAUUGACACCUGAUGCAAUAGACCUAUUCCAAUCACCAACAAUGUUCAACCACAUGAGGAGGCUAGCAAAGGAACGCGAUCACUAUUUACAAAACUGGGCAACUCUCGUCCUUAAUGAAGGCCUAUGUGAAAAUGAGACUGAAAAUAAAAAUGGGAAAAGUCGAUCAACACAAAGUGUCAAUCAAAAUAAUGGAGAAAGUCAACAUUUGGCUGUAGAGCUGGCCGAUUGGAAGGCACGUUUAAGAAAACAAAGACAGGAAUUGGAAGAGAAAUCAGAGCAGUUGUCAGAGUGCAGAGAAGAACUAGAGCACACGAAGUUAGUUCUAGCUAAACUACGCGCAGACAGUCAGGAAUGGUUCAAUGAAGCAAGAAAAGCAGCCGGAUACAGAGAUGAAGUAGAUGCUCUAAGGGAAAAAGCCGAAAGAUGUGACAGAUUGGAACAAGAAAUCCAACGUUAUCGCGAUCGGUUAACCGAUGCCGAAUAUUAUAAAACUCGAGUGGCUGAAUUGCGUGAGGAUAAUAAAGCGUUGAUGGAAACCAGAGACGCUUUAGAGGAACAAUUGCAAAGAGCACGCAAAAGAGCCGACCAAUGCUUAUCUCUAGAGGCAGCUAUGAUAAAGUUAAAAAGAGAGGCUAAUGACAUCGCAUUGGAAAGAGAUGCAGAUCAACAAAAAAUUCAAGAACUGAUCGAAGAGAACAACCAUUUACAAUAUAUUACCAGGUCUGUCUUAAGUGAAAGCAACAAUAGCAAUUUGGAUACGGACAAUGAGUGUGAAAAUACUUUAGAAUCUGGCGAAAAUAGUUUAUCUGAACAAUUAACUAGUAAUGCGCAAGCGCGGGCCUUGAAACUGGAAUUAGAAAAUAAAAGGCUUCUAUCUACUAUCGACAGUCUGAGAGAACACUCGUUAUUAGAAAGUAGUGAUAAAGUAUUAGAAUUGGAAAAGGAAAAGAAAAGAUUAGCACUUAAAUGUGAACAAUUACAAGAAAACUGCAACAGGCUCAAACAACAAAACUCAGAAUUGGAAGAAGUAUUCAAAAAUGCUUUAGAGGAAAACAGGAAAUUGCAAGAUUCUUUAGAUAAUCAAAAAUCCUUUAUCGAUAGACAAGCAAUAGACAGAGAUUCGGAGAAAAAUAAACUGCAGGAUUUCGAAAGGCAUUUGGAAUCUUUAACUAAAGAUAAACAAAGAAUUCAAAUGCUAUGUGAUUCAAUACAGCGGAGAGCUGAUGAUCUUGAAAAAACUCUAGAUGCUAGGACUAAGGAAUUAAAUACUGUUAAACCUGAAGCCGAAAAGGUCACUCGAUUCAUCAUACAGACUGAGGAGCUUAAAACUAAAUUAACUUAUAGUGAAAAAGAAACACACAAUUUACAAAGAGAAGUUACAAAGCUUAGGGAAGCUGUUGAAGAAAAAGACGUCACGUUAGACACUAUCACAACAGAAAUAGAAUUAAAAAAUAAAGAAAUCGAAAGAUUAACGAGACAAAUAGAGAUUAAUCAGUCACUAAGCAGUCGCCUCCAAGACUUAGAACAGAAAACCCAAGAAUUAAAAUCGAGCAAAAAAGUAGAUACAGAGACAAUACAAACUCUUCAAAAAGAUCUUAUUUUGGAAAAGGUUAAUUUCGAUAAGCUAAGGAAUUGUAUGGACAAAUUGGGAAUUAACACUUCCGAUAUAAUAUCUAAAGACGUCGGCGUUGAGGAAUUGUUAGAAAAAAUAAUAACUAACGUUGAUCAUGAGACUUUAGUAUCGGAAAUUGCUGCAAAAGCUAACUUCUAUAAGUUGGUUCCAUGUAAUUGUAAUAAUAAGGAAAAAUCUGAUGUCGAAGAGAAUAUAACUAAUCCUCAAAUAGAACAGCUAACUGCUGAUUUAGCUGCUUUGCAAGCGUCUCUGGAAAACUGUCAGGCGGAAAAUGCAAAACUACAAGUGAAUGUAGCAACAUUGAAUUCACAAAAUGGCUCUCUAAUAUCGCAACAAAUGACUUUGCAACUUGCUAACAGUCAGUUGGCUGCGGAGAAGGAAGAAGUUAUCAAACAAUUAGAAGUACUGAAAGACAAACAAGACAAUCUCUUACGAGACCAAGUCGCUUUACAAACGCUCCAUGAACAACUAAAUACAGAAUAUGAAAUGUUGUUAAGUGAAAAAGAACCUGUAAAGGCAGCCAUUAGAGACUUAAAGAUAGAAAAUAGGGAGUUAAAGGAAAAAAUUGUUACGUACGAAAAGAAAGUAUCAGAUUUUGAAUUGGAACGAGAAAAUCUUAAAAUCGAAUCUCGUAAUUUGACAAACCUCAGGGCUGAACACUCAAAACUAAAGGAAGACUUCAGGAAUUUAUUCACUGCCAGCGAUAGAUUGAAGAAUGAGUAUAGAAAUAUGCAAGAUGAAUAUAGAAACAUUAGAAGUGAAGUAGCUCAAUUAAAGUUGAAAAACACGGAAAUAUCUGGUGAAAUAAACACAAAAUCAGAUAUGAUUACAAGUAUGGAGUUAGAAAUAAGUAAAACGAAUCAACAUUGUGAAAUGUUGAUACAAAUGAACAAAAGCCUGGAUACUGAUAGAAGAUCUUUGAUGGACCACGUAUCUCAACUUUUAACUCAAUAUCACGAAUUACUAGCACACUCUUUGAAAGACAAACAGCAUUACCAUGAGGAAGAAAAAAUGUUUGCUGAUAGAGUGAAUGCUUUAUGUCGUCAAAAAGAAAAGUUAGAAGAGAAGAUAAUGGAACAUUAUAAAAAACUUGAUAAUUGCACAACAAAACGACGAGGUUUUGGCGCAUCAUUUGUAAAAAGAGUACGAAAAGCUGGUACUGAUUUAAUAAACAAAGUGCCUACAAGAAGUAACAAGAGAAUAGAAGAUGCCAAUCGUUCGAAGUCUCAAUUAACUCUAGCCGGUUCAGAGUCUGGGGAAUCAGAUCCUGGGAGUCAAGAUCUAGAAAAACUGUCGAAAAAUUCCGAUCCAGAACAAGGGUCGUCGAAUCCAAGUGUCGAAUCUCCGAGGCAUAGUGAUUCAAGUUUUAGCAGACGAUACGAUGAGAGUUUGCUGAAGAAAUCCGAUAUAGACAUGUCGGGUUCUAUUCAUAGUCUUGAUCCAAUAAGGUUAAAUGAGGGUAAUUUUGUAAGAAGAUUGUCUUCAGCAUCUAUUCAUAGUGGGGGUGGAGAUGAUGCCCUUAUAAGAGCAUCUCUAAGACGAAGGCCGCAUAAAGCUGUGCCGCCCACCCAUAGAAAUAGUUUCCAAGGUAUAGAAGGGGAAUCUAGCUUACCAGCAGCAUCUACCCCCUCCCCAGUAUUCGGAACCGCCGGAACUCGCAGAACUGUAUACUUAGCAGAUGAUAACCCAGAAGUGAACAUAAACAACAAACCUCAAAGCACACCAGUUAAAGAAAAUCCAACAUACUUAGUCUACAAUAGAAUAUCCACAGUGAUAGGUGACGGUGCGUGUCAAAAUGAUAGAUCAAUGGAAAACCAUAGGCCUAUCUCGGAGCAGUCAAGAUCUGUUGAGGAAAAUUUAGAGAGAGAAGACGUAAGACACGAUAAAAGAACAAGUCGAAGUGAUAAACCCGAAAAUUCAAAGGAAACAGCUAUUUGGUAUGAGUAUGGAUGCGUA